GCCUUCAAAAAGUUGUAGAGAAAAGAACAUAAAGGCAAAUAUUUUCAUUCAAAAGAUUUUAACUUUGAAUUUUGUUGUUUAAAAAUUUAUAAAUCUAUUAAAAAAACAUCACAUCAAUAAGAAAAAUAUGAUAUUCAAAGUAAAAUCACAUAAUAUCGCUCGUUAAAGCUCGAAAUUUAUACUUUUUUGGCCGUGGUCUGAUUGCUCUUUCAAGUGGCAAUAAAUAAAAACAAAACUAAAAAGAAAUAAUUGAUAAUUUAGUUCCAAAAUUCUGACUUCAUACACUUCACAUUUGGCACACAUUUCGGUGUGACGUCCCCAUCCAAAUCCUCAUCCUCCCACUGACGUCGGCUGGGAAACGAAGUUGUGUACACAACAAACAAGUCACCACAUUAAGUGCCGAACACUAGGAUGAGUGCUAAAAGCAAAAAGGAAAAGGUCACGAAUGAGUGUGUCCAGGUUGUGGUGCGAUGUCGUCCCAUGAGCAAUAGGGAGAAGACCGAAGGCUCCUGUGAGGUCAUUACCGUCUAUCCCAAUCGAGGAGUUGUCGAGAUAGCCAAUCCCCAAGACCAGAACAAGGAGGCUAGGAAGGUCUUCACAUACGACGCUGCCUACGAUCAUUUGUCCACGCAGACGAACGUCUACAAUGAAGUCGUAUGGCCUUUGGUGUCGAGUGUGCUGGAGGGAUUUAAUGGCUGCAUCUUUGCCUACGGCCAGACGGGCACAGGAAAGACAUUCACCAUGGAAGGAGUGCGAGGACACGAUAAACUGAUGGGCAUUAUUCCGCGAACAUUCGACCAGAUUUGGUCGCACAUCAACCGCACAGAAAACAUGAACUUCCUUGUGGAUGUCUCCUAUCUGGAGAUCUACAUGGAGGAGCUGAGGGAUCUGCUGCGGCCCAACAGCAAGCAUUUGGAGGUGAGGGAGAGAGGCAACCUCGGUGUCUACGUUCCGAAUUUACAUUCCGUUAGCUGUAAGAGCGUCGAGGACAUGUUGAACGUGAUGCAAUCGGGAAACAAGAACCGCACAGUCGGCUUCACCAAUAUGAACGAGCACAGUUCCCGAUCGCAUGCAAUUUUCAUGAUCAAGAUCGAGAUGUGUCACACCGAGACCAACGCCGUGAAGGUAGGAAAGUUGAAUCUAAUCGAUUUAGCUGGAAGUGAGAGGCAAUCAAAGACUGGUGCUAGUGCCGAGCGACUUAAGGAAGCCAGCAAAAUCAACUUGGCUCUUUCCUCUCUGGGCAAUGUGAUCUCUGCCUUGGCCGAGAACUCGCCACAUGUUCCCUACAGAGAUUCAAAGCUAACCCGUCUGUUGCAGGACUCGUUGGGAGGCAACUCCAAAACCAUCAUGAUUGCCAACAUUGGUCCAUCGGCCUACAACUGCAACGAAACUCUGACAACCUUGAGGUAUGCUUCUCGGGCAAAGACUAUCCAGAAUCAGCCAAUAAAGAACGAGGAUCCACAGGACGCCAAGCUGAAGGAGUACCAAGAGGAAAUCGAGCGUCUGAAGAGGUCGAUUGCCCCACGGCAGCGUGAACGACGGGCAAAGAAGAAGCAGAAGAAAGUCAAGCAGCAGGAGAAUCGGGAAUCACAGGAAGUGGCAGUGCCCGAAGAGGAGGAAGAGGAAGAAGAAGAGGAGGAUAUCGAGCCGCCUGCCGAGGAGGACGACAAAAAAUCGAUUGAGGUGCUGGAAAGGGAGCGUGUGGCCACUGCCCAAUUGGCAGCCCGAUUGGCCGAGCUCGAGAGUCAGUUGGUUCGCGGAGGAAAGAAUCUAUUGGACACGUAUAGCGAACGGCAGGAAGAACUCGAAAAGAAACUCCGAGAAAUUGCUGAACGCAAGAAGAGGGAGAUCGAAAUGCAACAGCAGCUGGAGUUAAAGGAAGAAACCACUUUGGAGAUUCGCGAAACUGUUACCUCCCUGGAGCAGGAGGUCGAACUGAAGAAGAGGAAACUGUCCAAGUGCUACGCCAAGUAUUUGGCAUUGCAACAGGAGCUUAACGACACUAAAUACGAGCACAACCAGGACUUGCGGGAGCUGGAAAUGGCACAAAAUGAAUUGGUCAAAGAGUUGAAGCGACAGCUUCUCAUCAUCGACAACUUCGUUCCGGUCGAAGUUAAGAAUCGACUUUACACCCAGGCUAAGUACGACGAAGACAAGGAAGAGUGGAAGUUCUCCACGUUGAGUAUAAAUGAUAAUCGCAACGUGAAGCGUCCAGUCUCUCAUCACCAACGACGUCGACCCGUUUCCGAAUAUGGCCUACAAGAAGCUCAGAAGAACGUCCCCACAUCAAUUCGUUUCAAAAGCGAGAACAUAGUCAAUUACGAACUCGACAUGCCAUGUCGAACAACCCAGGAGUACCGAAGUCCUCGAGUUUCCGCAUCCCUUCAGGCUGUGUUGGCUCAAGCUAUGCAAACAGGCGAUGACAUUGACAUCGGAGACAACACCAACAGCAUCCGACAUCGCAUGGAGAAGAUUAUCAACCAGAACUCGCAAUCGGUCACCACCAACGGAGUCAGGAGUAUCAAAUCGUCCAAGGUUGAUAGUAACAAGAGGCAGCCACUUCAACCUAAAGGCAUAAAAAAACCAGCUUCAGCUUUUCCCAAAGCCAGAGGUUUAGUCAAUAAAUAAAUUGAGCAAUCUACAUGAACCUGUAGAAUACCCAAUUUUGAUGUGCAAUCGCAAACAUUCGGUCUCUCCUCUUCCCCUUGCUUGCCGCCUCGCCCCCGUAAUUCAUGCCCACACAUUAAACACAAUUAUUAAUACUCCCCAUGAAUUAAUAUACUAUACAAAAAUAUGCAUUAAUAAUCUUAAUCUAAAUUAAGUACGUUUAAAAAAUAAUUAAUGUUUCUUUUGUUUAUGAUUUUCUUCUUUUAUUUUUGAAGAAAAUUAAGUGAAUUAAAAAAAUGGAAGAAAACAAAAACGCCAGUAAUGGAAAACUCUCUUAACCAAAGCUUCAUUUAAAAAAUGGUGUCUGUAUAAUGCAAUCGCUUAUUAUUAUUGUUUUUAAUUUUAUUUUUUAGUUUUUAAAACAAAAACCACUCGAGACUGGUCGAAAAAUAUUUAUUUAAAUAAAUUAUAUUAUAUUUAA